AUGGUUCUGCAACACUGCCACGCUGCAAACUCUCCCACUACACCAGCAGACUCUCCCACUACACCAGCAGACUCUCACACUACACCAGCAGACUCUCCCACUACACCCGGGCUCUCCCACUACACCAGCAGACUCUCACACUACACCAGCAGACUCUCACACUACACCAGCAGACUCUCUCCCACUACACCAGCAGACUCUCCCACUACACCAGCAGACUCUCCCACUACACCAGCAGGCUCUCCCACUACACCAGCAGACUCUCACACUACCAGCAGACUCUCCCACUACACCAGCAGACUCUCCCACUACACCCAGCAGACUCUCCCACUACACCAGCAGACUCUCACACUGCACCAACAGGCUCUCCCACUACACCAGCAGACUCUCCCACUACACCCAGCAGACUCUCUCCCACUACACCAGCAGACUCUCCCACUACACCAGCAGACUCUCCCACUACACCAGCAGACUCUCUGCACCAGCAGACUCUCCCACUACACCAGCAGACUCUCCCACUACACCAGCAGACUCUCACACUACACCAGCAGACUCUCCCACUACACCAGCAGACUCUCACAAGACUCUCAUCCACUUAUACAGAGAUAUAUUAUCUUCCCCAACAGCAGACAGACGUUGCCUCCCUCCCAUGCAGAUAUGGUUGUAUCUACUGUACUGCCUCCUACAAGCACUACCUGA